AUGCGCGAUUUGCGAAUUACGGAACGAGUAACCGAAAUGGUUUGUUCUCCACGGCACGGCUGGUCGAGAUCAUGCCGCGUGAUGUUGCUACAAUGUCUAGCCAACAUGGCCGUUUGUAAAGAAAAUCAUCCAAUAGUACGCGAAGCCAUUCCACAUGCGGUGCAACGGCUGACGUCCAACGAUGAAAUGGAAGUGGUCGUGGCUUUACAAGCGCUGACAAAUUUGUCACUAAAUAUCACCACAGAGCAGCUUUCUCUAAGCCUUGGGCGAUUGAAAGCAUGGAAACCAGUAUUCUGUUGUCAGAUUGUUCAAGCUCGAUAG